GGAUCUGCCUCGAAUCGAAUCCGCCACUGUGGUGUCUCUGCAUACCUUUUGGAUCUUUGGAGCCCGUUGAAAAAGGUCGAAUCCGCCAUUUGUUGUAAGCGGUCGUGUCACUGCCGAGGCCAACAUGGACCCUUGGACUGCAUCCGGGGUACCGGUAGCGUUCUCAGUCAGUCUAUCUCUUUGUAUGUCCGUGGAUAAUGGUUGUAUCCAAGCAAGUGCACCAGGACGCACGGUUGGUACCAAUAGCAAAAGCAAGCAGCAAGCAGCAAGCAGCAACCUGAAGCUUUCUCUUUUCUCACAAAUCACAAAAAGAAAAACCAGACAACCAAUACAGUCGUACCGUCGCCCAAGCCUUCGCCUUUUCAGCCUGGACUAUCAGUAUAAUUCCAAAAACAAAGCAAAGCCACCCUUUCGACAUCCACAGAUCCAAACGACCAAAACUAAAAGAACAACAUGAAGUUUACUACUUUCAUCUUUGCUGUCAUUGUUGCUGUCAUCCCAUCGGCCAUUGCAGCCCCUGGUUCCCUUCGCACCCCCAAUGCCAACUCUCUGGACACUGCAACCAAACCUUCUGUUCAAGGGGGGCGCCGGUUGAACUGCACUGGCAAGAACAGAAAUACUCAGAGGUGCAAGGACCAAGAGGAGGGAGAGAAUAAUCAAGAAGAUGACGAGGAUAGACAACAGCAAGAAGAAGAUGACAGGGACUCUACGUCCCGACGUUCGAGGCGUUCCAAUGGUCGACAGAGGAGGAGGGAUGAUGAUCGUGACAGUCGUCACAGGAGGCGCAGUGGCGGCGAUAACGAGCCAAAGAAGAAGAGGCGACGACGCAACGAUGACGAGGAACGUGAAGGAAGCGAAGGAGGCUCAACCCCGAACAAGAAAAGUGGAAGCGACAAUGGUGGCGGCAUGACGAAGGCGCAGGUGCAAAAGGCAGCCAAAAAAUACUUAAAACAGGAAGCCAAGAAAGAGGCUGCUAAGAAGAAGAAGGUUCAGGAGAUCAAAGAGGAGCUUGGUAAAGCAAUUGAGAAGAAAGUUGAAGAGGUUGUGGAGAAGAAGGUAGAGGAGGCUGUCAAUAAUCAGCUUCAAAGUGGAGUGGACUCUUUGAGAGUUAACGGACAUGGAGACCCAACCUCUACAGUUGCCCCUCCAGCACCAGCACAGAGUGCUUCAAGUUUGGCCAACAGUAUCGAAAGCAGCAACAAUGGCAACAGCAUUGGCUUGAAUGGCUGCACCUCUGGUACAAAUUGUUACGGUGGCACCCCUUCCCAGCCUCAGUCUUAUGCUGAUAGUUUCAGUGCUGCGUUGAAUGGUGAUGGAGGCAAAUAAGCCACGAUGAACGGUUUGAUUUCAUGAUUGACUCAGCCGCUCAGCCUGCAAAUGUGGUG